CGCCGAGAGUUCGUCUUCAUUCGGUCGUUUGCAACUUGCGACGUACCUGCGCGCCGCCGCACUACUAACCCGACGGCCAUGGCACCGACACCUCCGCCUGCAGUCGCCAACUCCGCCGCUUGCAACCCGACGCCGACGCGGCGCGAUUGUCGGCGAGCCGAGAGCGCAAGAUGAUCUUAGCGCUCGACCCACGUCGACGCCACGGCGGCCAGACCACACGACGAUCCUGCCAAGAACAUCGCACCGACCUACAUUGCUCGAUGCUCGACGCUUCGCGCCCGACUCGUGGCCAAGGCGCGGUACACGCCCGCCUGCUCACGGCCGUACGCUCUCUUGGCCCCAUGCCCUCGCCAUGGUACAUUCCGCAGCCACGUCCUCUCGGUGCCUUUUGUGAUCGCUGGCCCCGCGGGCGUGUUGCGCUGGCGCUCAACCCCGUGUUAUACUCGGCCUUUCAAGGCUCCUCGGCGGUAUCUUGGCGCGAUCUCCGCACCCGGCGUGACUGAAUUCUCGGCUUCCACCGGGACUUCCGAUAUUCAGUCUCGGAGGUUGCGCACAUGUCGCGCGCGAUCUUUUCGGCAUUUUCGCAGACCGCCGGCGACAGGAGCGACAUGUGACCUCUCGCAUCACGGGGUGUCCCAGCGGUCUUCGCAUUGAGGUCCACAGACGCCAUGCUCAAGUUACUCACCAGCGUCGUUGGGCCGAAGAUCGCACCGCUGACUGUCGCAGUGCUCGGCCCCCGACUCUUGCCCCUCCACCAUCAACCACGCCAUGAUGCACUUGACCACCAUGGUCUCUAUUUUGUACUAGUGAUGCUAUUUCGACCAUCUCGCCGGCUCCAUCAUCGGUCGAGCACCGUGUGUGGUCAAGUGCGCACUCGCCAAGUCAAGCACUAUGCGCGAGGUCUUCGGCGACGGCUUUGCUCGGUCGUGCAGCCCUCGCCAUGCGGCCCUCUUGCGCCAACGCUGGCUCACGCCUCUUCUUUCUUCCGGAGGCAUUCCUGAGGUAAGUGUGUCUACGCAGCGUCGUAUCGAUCCAGCAACGUGGGACGUCUGGUCCACACAGUUCAGGGCGGUUAGUGAGCGCAAAAGAUUAACGCGGAUGUCGCGGUGCCCAUCGUCCCGUCGCGCUGAACGAUACACCGCUGCGACAGGAGGUCAUUAACCCCUUGGUAUGUCCCAACCGAAAGUCCCGCACGCAUCCGGAUAAAACGACGCGAACUGAUCCGCGUUCUGAACGUCUACACAAAACGUCUUGCGUUUUGUAUUGCGCACAAUGUUGAAAAAAAGAAGCGGGGUAUCUCACACCUACUUGUCCGGAUAACGGAGGGCAUUUUUGACGACAUGAACGGCGCAUGUCGCCGGGCGUAACAUGCGUGGACGAUCUCCAUGAGAUGAGCGAUCUUGAAUAUCUCAAUUGACACUUUUCAAUUUCACUCGACAUGUGCAGCAGUCGCCAACUCGCCUCGCUUCUCUCGGCCUACGACAGCACGCACAAGGCGUACGUCCCCGACGACGUCAAGAAGGCGCGUGCCCGCCUCAAGAAGCAGGUGUACAACCGCGAGCGCUUCCGCCUCAAGCGCUGCCACCACCAGGCCGAGCUUCAAAUGCUCAGCAGCGAGAUUCAGUCGCUCGAGCGCCACGCGCGCGAGCUCGCGUACUUUAAGCGCUCGAGCCUCUCGUGGAUGGACAUUGCUGCUGUCUUCAAGACCGAGCGCCAGCUCAGCGAACACCAGAACCGCGACUUGAAGGCGCAGAUCGAGGAGCACAAGGAAAAGUGCCGCGUGCUCUUGGCGUGCGCCAAGAUCAACCUCGGCGACGGCGAGCGCCUCCCGGACGAGCUCAUGGACAUUGACGCAGCGGUCGUCGAUGGCAACGACCCGACGGCAAUUGCGUCAAGCCCGCCGACGACGCCCGCCUCCGUGGACCCGCUCGACUCGAUGCUCGACAACAUGGAGGAUCUGCUCCAAGAACCGUUUUAUGCGAGCUCGCCGAUCCCGUCGUCCACGUCUGUCGUCUGCUAAGUGUCGUCCACUACCACUACUACUUCGUUUUACUAUUUAUACCAUAAUGUCAAUAUCCAUGUCCUUAUACUCGCUU